AUGUCUUCCACUCCCCCCAAUCUCAUUGAUUUUUUGGUGAACCAAGCCAAUGGAGUAAAGGGUCUUGCUGAUCUGAACCUCCCAACUGUUCCUCCCCAAUACAUUCAACCUCUCCAAGCUAGAUUCGAUCACACCAAAAUUGUCCCUGAGGAAUCAAUACCCAUCAUUGAUUUCACAAAGUGGGAAGAGCCAGAUGUCCAAAAUUCCAUUUUUGAUGCUGCAAUCAAGUGGGGCUUCUUCCAAGUCGUGAACCAUGGGAUACCCUUUAAGGUUAUUGAUGAUCUCAAGGCUGCAGUGCACAGUUUCUUUGAAUUGCCAGCUGAGGAAAAGAAGUGUCUGAAAGAGAACUCACUCCCUGAAGUUGUCAGAUUGGCCACUAGUUUCAGCCCCCAUGCUGAGUCAGUUUUGGAGUGGAAAGAUUAUCUGCAACUUGUGUAUGCCUCAGAGGAAAAAAUUCAUGCACAUUGGCCAGCUAUAUGCAAGGUUCAAGCAUUGGAAUAUAUGAAACAUUCUGAAGUUUUGAUUAGAAAAUUGCUAAAGGUGCUUCUUAGGAAAUUGAAAGUGGAGGAGUUAGAUAAAGCAAGAGAACACACUUUAAUGGGUGCAAUGAUAUUGAGUUUGAAUUACUACCCUGCUUGCCCUGACCCUGAAGUUGUAGCAGGAAUAGCCCCUCAUUCUGAUAUAUCGUCAACUACUGUCCUUCUGCAAGAUGAUAUUGGAGGGCUUUAUGUUAGAGGCAGUGAUGGAGAUAGUUGGAUCUAUGUUCCUCCUGUUGAGGGAGCAUUUGUGAUCAAUAUUGGGGAUGUGCUACAGAUAAUGAGCAAUGGAAGAUACAAAAGCAUAGAACAUAGAGUGGUUGCAAAUAAAAGGAAGACCAGAAUCUCCAUUCCAAUAUUUGUCAACCCAGCACCUGAUGCUCUUAUUGGUCCUUUAUCAGAAGUGUUGGAAAAUGGUGAUGAACCAAAAUAUAAACACCAUUUAUACUCUGACUAUUUCAACUAUUUCUUCAGCAAGGCUCAUGAUGGGAAGAAAACUGUUGAAUUUGCCAUGAUAUGA